UGCAACUAAACACUAAUCUAAACACCUAUAUAUUGUCAGUCUCCCCCCACAUUGUUCUCUGCACCAAGCAAUCUGAUAAACACAAAAGCACUAACAAUGGGAGAGCAAGGAGGCAGGGCAAGCAGCAACAAGAUCAGGGACAUUGUGAGGCUGCACCAGCUUCUCAAGAGGUGGAAGAGGGCUGCACUUGCACCAAAGGCCGGCAAGAACAACAAUGGCGGCGGUGCAUCGGUCCCGAAAGGGUUCUUCGCGGUGUGCGUCGGGGAGGAGAUGAGGAGGUUUGUCAUCCCCACAGAGUAUCUUGGCCACUGGGCAUUUGAGCAGCUACUCAGGAAGGCAGAGGAGGAGUUUGGGUUCCAGCAUGAGGGAGCUCUGAGGAUUCCAUGUGAUGUUGAGGUGUUUGAGGGUAUCUUGAGGCUGGUUGGCAGGAAGGAUGAGAAGGCAGCAAUGUGCUACUCUUCUUCAGAGCAUGAGAUCUUGUGCAGAUGAUGGUAUUUCUUAGUUUCUCCCCUUUGCACUCAAUUGUUAUUGCACUUUGUUGCUGUUGUUUUCUUGGUUCUUGGUCUUCUGAAGAGAAGAGGAGGAAGAGUUUGGAGUUGCUGAGCUUUGCUACUUUGUUCAAGAGGAUGAGGUUAUGAAUUCACAUUCUUUUUAGAGGAAAAAAAAUCAAGGAUUCACAUUAUCUAAAAAAAGUAUCUUAGGUAAACUUAUUCUUUGUUGAUAAUUCUUUACCCGCUUGUUCGAUGUUAUUCACUUUCAUUUUGUAUGUUCUGAAGUUGAACAGUGUUCAUUUGUGCUAUUUGAACUUGUGUCUCAAGGAAGUAAUAUUAAUAGUUGUAUUUUUUUUCUCUCUCUCAA